AUGGCUCGGGAACGACUGGGUCCAGCACAGCAACAACGGGGUCCACGUCAGGAGCAUCCGGAUCCACUGCCUCUUCUCUCACAGCACGACCAGCACUUGCAGCAGUGGCAGCGGCACUUAGACAGAGCCGUUUUCACUCCGCUCACUGACCCCACGCAACCGCUUGCUGUGCUAAGUAAAACACUUCAAAGUUCUCCGAAAGUUCCGCUGCUGGUGGCGGUGGAUGGGCACGUGCCAGACGCAGUGGCGGGAGGGGCGUGGGAGCAGGCGGGGGGAAGGAUGGUGCGCGUGACGUGGCGGAAAGCAGAAGGAAGGGAAGCGGGGAAGGGGGGGGAGAUGGAAGGGCGGGGAGGGGAUCAGGGAGAGGGGGGAGAGGGUAGGGAUAGGGAAGGGGUUCAGGCAGGGGAUGGGGAUACAGGGGAUGUUAGCCAGAGGGAGAAGGAGAGCGUUGGAGCAGGGGAAGAGAGAAGGGUGGAAGGGGGAGGCAUGAGGAGGCGGUUAGGGGCCUUGAAGAAGCGGAAGUGGAACGUCAGUCUAGUGAAGGCGGUGGGGACGAGCAAGGGAAAACCAAUACAGAGGCAGGAGCAGGAGCAGGAGGAGAAGCAGCAGCAGGAGCAGGAGGAGAAGCAGCAGCAGGAGCAGGAGGAGAAGCAGCAGCAGGAGCAGCGGCAGCAGGAGCAGCAGCAGCAGGAGGAGCACCAGCAGCAGCAGCAGGGGGAGGAUCAUUAUCAGCAGCAGCAGCAGGAGCAACAACAGCAGCUGCAACAGUUGGUUGAGGAGGCGCGAUGGAGGGAAGGGGUGAAGGCGAAGGCUGUGUCGUGCCUGGCAAUGCUGCAGCAGCAUGAGACGAUGCAGGGCAGACUGGCUCAAGCUCACCAGCAAUACCAUCAGUCGCUGCUCCACCCAUCCUCCACUCCCUACUCCUCCUCCUCCUCCUCCUCCUCCUCCACCUCUGCAUCCCCAUCGUCCUCUUCUCCCUCACUCGCCUCCCCAUUGCACCCCUUGAGGGCUGUCAUGGCUUCUAUAAGAGCCGACCUGCGGCGGUUGCAGCAGCAGCUGCAGGCGCAGUGCAGAGUUGAUCCGAGGGAUUUACCGCUGAGAAUGGAGGAGCGGAGCAAGCUGAUGAGAGAGGCGGGAUGUGGGAGCAAGGUACUGGGGGAGGGAGGCGUGGGAAGAGGGUUAGGUGGUGGGGGAGGAGGAGUAAGAGAAGGAGGAGGGGAAGGGGAUGAAGGAAGGCAAGAGGAGGGAAGUAAGGAGGAACGUAAGGAGGGAAGGCAGGGGGAGGGCAAGGAGCGGGCAAGCGAGAGAAGCUCGUGGUGGUGCAGUGGGCAGGAGACCGGCAGGGCAGCUCGCACCUGCAUGGGGCUGAGAGCCCCUUCCCCUCUUGCACGACUCUCCCCACACCUCUUCCCCUCCUCCCCCCCCGCUGUCUCCUUCCUCCUGCAGUAUUUUCGCCAGCCUGGCAUGAUUGCGGACCUGCUCGCCCGCCCCCAUAACUGCACCUGGGUUCCGAGGGCUGGGGGAAAGGAGAAGGGGAGGAGAAAAGGGGAGGUGGGUGGAGUAAAGGGUGCUGGGAAGGGGGAGUUUGGGCGAGGAGGGAAUGUUAGGGUGGUAGAGAUGUUGGUGCAUGCGGAUAGUCCUGAGGAGUGGAAGGAGUGGAGGGAGUACUGGUGUGGGAGGAAGCCGCUCACCAACCCUGCCGACCCUUCUGCCCCUGCCGGUGCUGCCGGUGCUCUUUCCACUGCCAUUGCAAGAAGAAACAGCAACAGCAGUGCAAGCAGCAGCAGCAGCAGCAGCAGCAGCAGCAGCCGCAGCAGCAGCAGGGAGUGUCCAGGCAACCCCUACUUCCACCUGCAAGUCACCUUCGACCACAACGCCCAUGAGAUCCGCGGCUUCAACACCCACGCCAAAACAGCCCGCGGUAACGUGGUAACCCUGUUACAGGACGACGACCUGCUGCCGUGGGACUGCAGCUGGCUUUGGCGCAUCACCCAUGAGAUGGACGCACGCCCGCUAGUCGCCGCUGUGGGCUAUAGGACCGGGAAAAUUGAUGUGGAUGGGAGCAACUGGGGUGCGCCCCUGACCUGGUACAGGUUCGGGGGAUGGCUGUGGACCCACCCGUCCUACGACCCCCGAACCAGCCUACGGGGUUUUUUCGCGGGUGUGGUGGAUUUUGCUCCGUUUGUGAUGCGGCGGGAUGUGUUUUUGGCGCUAGGGGGGCUUGAUGAGGGGCUGUCGGCGCGGGGGGAGUGCGGGAUUAUCACCGAUUGGCAUUUUACUUAUCGGAUCUGGUUUGCUGGUUACCAGGUUAUGAAUUUAGCGUGGGAUCCUCCGGAGAGUGGGAUUGGGAGGGGAGUGGAAGGCGGCACACAUGCGGGCGUGAGAUUGAGCCUACGGCACCUGCAUUUUCUGAUCAAUGAUGGGCAGAUGAGAAGGCACCAGGUAGAGGUGCUGAAUGCGUGGCAGCAGAGGGAGGUGAAGAGGGUGAAUGUAAUGUUUCGGACAUUGGAUGUGUGGGAGUGA